AUGGAGGUUAUCAAAGAGUCAUGCUACCAGUUGCAACCUCUUGUGAGUUGCUGCUGCAGCUUCCAAAAGCAGGCUUUGGAGUUUGUUGUCAUCUUGACAGCCUUUGCAAGGCGCUAUCUGGAACACGAGGGCAGUGGCCCGCCUGAGCUGACUCCUGAGACUUUGGAAGAAGGGCUCCAAAAGACAGACCCUGCCGAAGUGGCGCGCAGCCGAGUCUCGAGAAGUUUUGGCGACAGAAUUUCGAACUUCUCCUUCGAGCGCAAGAAGGCUUUGCUUGAGGAUUUGGACGCUUCUGUGUCUGUCAUUGCCAGUGGCUUGCAGGAGGGCUCUGUGUUCGCCUGUGUGGUGGGCUGCCAUUUGGGAGACGCUGCGAUGGAUUUUCGCAAGUGUGGGGGCGUUGAGACGGUUGCGAGCAUUGUUAGUGGGGGCAGCAUUGUGAAGCCUGGCAAGAAGGAUGGCACGAACAUCCUCGACCAGUUCAUGCAAUGGGUCUUGGACGGCGGGGAAGAGACCCAUGGAGGGGACGUGGAGGUGACAGCAGACACUUGCACCCAAAGCAAACGCAGCACCGCCGGCGUGCCAAAACUAGAGCCAGCGCAGAGAUGCGCGCCGGGGAUGGAGGUGACACGUUUCACGACGUGCACUCCGAGCGACUGCGUGCAAGCUUGGCUGGAUCCAGAAGAGUCGCUCCGCAGGCGGUCGGCGCUGCAAAGGACAUCGCCGACAGAAGGCCCGGAGACGGUUGCGCGCAGCGCUGCAAAUAUGUGGCUGGAUUUGGUUGUUGGUUUGCGGAUGUCGCGGCUCCUCGCUGACCUCAGGGGGCUAUCAAGCGGCACGCCUAGGCAACGCCCGAGGGGAGUCAGCACGAGGGCGACGCAGGCGAAAGCCGCGCACUGCGAAGGGCAAGGUGGUGCGGCAGAGCGAAAUAGGGGCCUACUUCCUGCUCGUGCCGGGCCAGGGCGGGUGUCUGUUCUACCGAGAUGGUACCUACCUCGAAAGGUCCGAAAUCGAGAGCAGCACGCCGUGAACGGCAAUCCUGAAGCCGCCGAGACGCUGCAAGCGCGAAUUCGGUCGAAUGUUGCGCACAUGCCGGGAGACGGUUGGUGCUUCUUCUACGCCGUGAGCCGGUACUUCAAAGGCAGCACACAUUCGGGCCAUGGCACAGCCGCCGAAAUCUAUUUGCAAGCCAUUGAGUGGUUGUUGGCGGCCCAGCACGGGCCGCGCGCAGACGCAGUCGCAACGGCGUGUGUCCCGUUCGACGACCACGAAUUGCAGCUGCGUGAGCACUUCCUUCGACAACAGCCGACGGCCGUCAAGACUGCGCCCUUGAACACGACCGAAGUCGUCUUACUCAGUAAACUCCAUGCAUUGUGGGCCUUGACCCAGCAGUUCGAUUUUGAGUGUCUCAUUUGGGGUGCUCACGCGAAUGUGAAUUACUGGGUCCGGUCCAUGGAGUGCCUGACCGACCAGGAAGCGCAUGCAAAGUUGCGACACCAUAGCCCCGUGUUGGAGCUCGUACAUCGAGACAUGGGUGUCACCGGCCACUACGACUUGGUGGAACGUAGCCAGAACAUCGGCGACCCCUUCCCAAGCACGCCUUUAGUGGAAGCUUUUCGUGCACAGGGUGCCAGAGCCGUCUUAGAAGCAGUCCAACAGUUGCUGGGGGCGGCUCAACCUCCGUUGCCGGCGCCACAGGCACCCCCCCCUGAGGACCGAAGCACACCACAACCACCAACACGGAGCUCCGCUUCGCCAGUGGCGAGAGCGUCGCUCAUGUCAGCGACUGAUCCUCCGUGUAAUGACUCACAAAUCUCUGCAGACACUCCGCAGCUCGCAUGUUCGCAACUGGAGGACGACCCUGCAGCCCCAGAAUCCGAUGCCGAAGCCGCAGCGAAACAGAGCUCAACUUCACCAGCUGCGAGAGCGUCGCUCCAGGCAGCAACUAGUCCUCCCUGUCAUGACUCGCAACCUCCGAAACGAAGCGCAGCUUUGCCAGUGGCAAGAGCGUCGCUCGUGUCAGCAACUAGCCCUCUCUGUCGUGACUCACAUGUGUGUGAAGACACUCCGCAGCCCGCAUGUCUCGCGCCGGAGGACAACUUCGGCUGGGACAAGAUCCAUGAAGAAGUUGGGGCAGCCCUAGACUCCGAGGCCGAAGCCGUCGACGUAGACGUCGAGAGCGUGGAAUCUUGGGAUUCGGAGGGAUCCAUGUCUUCGAACGAUCUUGAUCAGGGAUUGACAGUGGAACCUCAUCGCCGCUGGUGCACGAAAGAAGAUUCAGAUUUGGAACGGAUUCAAAACCUAGCCGCAGCCCUGAAGGACCACCCCCUGCUGCCUCCUAAAUUGCCAGGAUUCGACGUGCAAGAAGCCGAUCACACUUCGGGGAUCUUAUUCCCCAAUGUGCACUGCGCCAUCCAAGGUUGUCGCUGGUGCUCGAAAGAAGACCCUUGCCAACCCAAUUGGACACACGCACGGGUGAUGCAAGUGCAACAACAGCGCUGGACCGAGCGUCCACAGACCUGCUGUGGCAAUGCCACGCCACCGCGCACAAGGCUCUCUUUGCGGGGGCACGCCCUAGAAUUGCUGUCCGACUACCGCUCUGACGGAGAAGCAACAAGUACCACGGGUGGGAUGGAGCACGGACAGACGGACAUUUCACCGCUUGGCGCGAGAAGACAGCUUUCGAGCGAACUGGUGCUACGACACCUAUGCCCAGCCAUCGAACAGCGCCUGGAGCACAGGCAGUGGGUUCGGCAAUUGCCCGACGGCUCAAACAUUUUGUGCUGCCCAGAAGAUAUUCGCUGCAGGACGUGCACCCCGCAGUCCAGCACGCUGUGCCCGCGGUGUCGUGUCCCACUCUGUCGCACUUGCCUGACGCGCAUGACUCAAAGGCGGGCACCUGGCGUGCCACAGGCGUUGACGAACGACAACUGGCUGGGAUACCCGACAGAGCUCUUGUAUCGGCAUCGAGUUCGCUGGGUCGAGGCUGCGGCCGCCUGUCCCGUGUGGACCUCAGUCGUGUGCUUCUACCUUGAACAAGACCGGGGACACUUGUUGGAAGAAGACAUCCACAAGGCAGAGCACCGCGUAGCCAUCCGAGGCAACGUCAGUUCCUUCAGCAUGCCAUGGGAAGACAUCAUGGCGACCUUGGACCCAACCCAUCAGGGCCAUCGGACGUGGGAGUCCUUGCCACAUUCGCCCGCUACACUGCAAGCACUUGUGAAGAUUACGGUUAAGGGCACGCGAUACAAUGAAGCACUGGAGUGGGUGACUGCAACCGCAGCAGAGCGUCGCUCGGCCCCCGCGGCGACAGCUGGCAGUGUCGCCGUCACGCUCUCCGCCACAGAGCGUUUCCUUCGAACCUCAACUGCCGAGAGUCCUUGGCUAGAGACCCGCUCGCCCGAAGUAGUGACACAGGAAGCCCGAUGUUUCAUCCACGCUUACAAGAAAGUGAGCACAAAGGGGCGUCGCAAUGCCUUAGGGUUAUGGUUGGGGGCUCGAGAGGACGCCUGGUUGUCGGGGACCAUGACCGCCUUUUCCGUGUGGCUUUUCGGAAACUCCCACACCGCCGUGAACUAUCGGGUGCCACUUUGUCCGGCGACACAUGACCCCGAGUGUCAACGGAACUGCCUCCAGCAGACCACCGCGGGAAAGCUGCAACGGUUGAUGCAGCAAGCGGCACGACGCGCCACCCGCUACUUUACAGGGUACUUGCAAAAGCCACAACCAGUCGGACGGAAAGAACUCCAGCAAGCCGCCAAGCAAUUGCAUUUUCUCCACACCAACGCUGGCAAAGAUCCGACCGGGACCCACUAUCGCAAGGUGGCCAGUCGCGUGUUUGGCGACCUCGAAUUUCGAUGUUCCGUCCGACCAAUCACCGAAGAGUUCAUGUUAGCCGGUUUCGGCGACAGCCAAGAUCCCACAGCCGCAGAGUGUAUCCGCUCUUUCCCGGUCGUGCCGUUCGUCGGCGCAGAGUGGUUGACCUACCUCGACGGACGCAACGAAAUUCGCUACAAAGUCAAACCAGCCGGAUACACGACCACGGAGAUUAAGCUGUCGGAAGUUUACGGCUGGCGUGGACAAGAUACCCGUGUGUAUUAUCUGUCACCCUGGGAAUUUGUAAAAUGGUGGACCUUGAAAAAACUGCGGCCGCCGCCCAACGAAGGGCCUGUUUCCGCUGAGUGCUUAAGCGAGUGGAUGCCAGACCAUGACCCCACAUCCAUACCCGAAGAUGGGUGGCAGUUUGGACGCGACUACUGCUGGAAAGAAAAAUUACCGACUUCUCAAGCAGAAACGAUCCUACGGCUGCCAGAACAACCAUUCCUCGCAGCUGCAGCCGAGUACUAUCUAGAACGACAUUCCGAGGCCUUAGUUCCCUAUCCAACGGUCUGCCCACUGCCUCGUCCGGACAUGUCGAAAGAGGACCAGGCGCGGCUACUGAAUGUGUAUCUUCGCCCUUGGACUUUGGACGCCAAUGCCGUGAGCUUGCAUGUGCCACACAUAACAGCUUUGGAUCUGUCCUUUGAAGCUCGAACCGCCAAUAGGCACACCCACCGUUUUCACACUAAAAUUUCUCCCGGUGUGCGAAACCAUCAGACCUCAUGGAGAGAAUACAUUCACUCCCAUAUCGUGUCGCACCAUGCAAAACGAACGAUCCAAAAUUUUUUGGCCGCGGCCGAGUGCUCCCCAGAAGAAACGGACCCAGUAGAAGCCCCCGUAGACCACCCCCACCCGGAAGUUGACACGUCUUGGGUCGAUGUGGCCACUGUCCAAAAGUUAACCCAAGGCAUUGGUUUCGAGUACUCUAAACGCAGCAAUCCCGCUGUGCAACAAAUUCUAGCAACCUGGGGGACUCAGACAUCAGCUCAGCAGAUUGCUUGGAAAGUGAGCCCUGGCAUACCCGAACUCCCGCCGUCCGACACCGCCGAAGCAGCGCGUCGCGCGGCUGCGGCGGAGCGGCCGCCAGCCGUGCGAUGGAUCUAUGGGAAUCUGAACGAGACAGCCGCUGCCAACUGGCUCCGCAGUUUGCAACAGGCGGAGACAGGGCCCGUGCCCACGCCCGAACAGACACAGUUCCUGCAGGCCAUCAUAAACCGCUGCUUAACAGAAACCACCGAAGAACAGACCCAGCGGAUCGGCAAGAGUGAACCCUGGAGAGGAAUUUGCCAUGGAGUCCCCGGCGCAGGCAAGAGUCAAACGUUGAAGUGGCUCCGACGAUUCUUUGAGGAGCUCUGCGGGUGGCACCUCCAGACGGAAUUCGUCUAUCUAGCCCCUCAAAAUACCCAGGCCGCGCUCAUUCAGGGCAUGACGCUCCAUGCGUUCGCGAACAUCCGCAUCAAAGCCAAAGGCCAAGGCGAUCUCUGGCAGUUUCCACCUGUGAAAGCCACCGCCAUUUUCCAAAACCCCUUCGCCGGGGGCGCUUCCUGCCAGGUGGCCAGCCUCCAAAAGGUUUUGUGGUCACGGACUGAAUCCGGUCUCCACGCACUCUUCGAGUUGACCACCGAGCAACGUUGCGUGGACCCCUGGCUAAGCCUAGUCUUGAAACAAGCACGCCACAGUGCCAUGUCGCAGGAUGUAUGGUGCUUUCUCCAUGGGUUUCCGACCCGGUACCGAGCGUGGGACUUCGACACCAAAGCUUGCCUCUGCGGCACGGCUGCCUGCCAGACCCUCCCCCUUGCGUGGGCAACUACCCCUGAUCUACCUUGGGAAGCUCGCUUAGAACAAGAAUGUCCCCAGUGCCGAAUCGAAAGACGACGCAGGUGCCUGCUAGGUCGGGAUCCAAAGUCCGCGAAGUUUGCGGCGCAACCAUUCAUCCACGGUCUCAAGGCUGCCAAAUACAUAGCCACUAAUCUCCGAGCUCGGGAAGUAGCAGUUAGCCAACAGCAAACCAUCCUUUGGGUGAUCGCCGCCGACACCCCUCUUUUCCACUUGGACACCGAUGCACCGGCUGAGUUGCAAGCUCGGAAAAGCAACUGGCUGCAGCGGCACGACCAAGCCACCGGUGGGAUUGUCGGAAUCUUGCCCUUGUUGCCUAACAUGCCUAUACGUAUCACCCAAACCUUACCAGAACUAAAACCGUUUGGACUCUUCAAAAAUACCCGUGGCACCCUAUACAGUUGGACCUUGCACGAACUUGACAUUGCACGUCUCUCCCGCACGACACCCGGUGCAGAACUGGUCCUGGAAAAACUACCCUUGGCGCUCUACGUCCAGAUUCCGGGUUCGACGUGGCAACUACACCCAGCCCUGCCACCUGGCGUCGCGUGCAUCAAACCUACGGCCCAGCAGUGGACCCUUCAGCCAGGGGGCCGUGCGACCAUCGCCCGCAGAGGGUUUCCAGUGGCAUCCGACUAUUCCGGAACAGCGCAUUCCUUCAUGGGUGCUACGUUGGAAGCAUGCACCCUGGGUUUUUGGGACACCGCCCCGUCACGGGAUGCGCAACUAACUCAGCGCAUACAUGAAAGCAGCCUCCAACACCAACAGAUGCACCAGAUGCAUGUGCGCAUUGCAGAGGAAAACACGGUGCACGAGCCAGAGCUGACGCUCAAUGCCUAG